AAAAAUUAAACACUCACUAAAUACAUGGUUACAAGGACAAAUCACCCACUUUUUUUUUUUUUUGGUACAUCAAAGGAUGGACUACACAACAAAAGAUAACCUUCUUCUUCCCUUAGUCCUUACCUAAUUGUUCCAAGCUUCAAACUUUAGGUCUUUAACUUGAAGUCUCAAGUUUUUAACCAUUGAGACACCCUCUUAAGGGUAGACCAAUCAUCCACUAAUGGAGGGAUUACAACAUGGAUGUUUAUCACCAUUACUUAUAUGAGGGAGUGAGAAGUUAAUCACCAUUAGUUGGUGUGUAAUUGCAUGGGGAAGAGGGAACAUGGAAGAUGAUGAAGUUGAAAUACCCACCAUCGUCUACUCCAAGGCCUUGCUAGACCAAGAAGGAUUCCUCCAAUGGUUUGUAUUUAGGUCUUCUAACAUGGUCUCAUAUAUACUUGUAAGGGGGAAUUCUCUUGUAACAAUUGAAAUGAUCUUGGCUAAAAAUCAUCACUAGCAUAAUAGCUCUUUGGGUGAAGACCCAUAGGCUCUCAAUAGUUUAAGUUUAGAUUGUUAAUAGUAAUUAAUCUCCACACUUACACACUACUCACAUUGAACUCUUCUUUCAAUGUGUGAUUGGGGCCUUAUAGCCUAAUUAAAAUCCUUCCUAGGUAAAACCCAAUAGGAAAAACACCAUGGUAAAUGAAAAAAGAAUGAAGUGUGUAUAAUUCUCCCCUUCAAUUAAAUAUCUAUAAGGUGAUUUAAUCCAAUCUUGUAUGGUAGCUACUUCAAAAAUUUUGGUAGUCAACAACUACAAUGAUAUGCAAGAUGCCUACUUAAACUUAAUAUGUCAAUGUUGUACAACAUGAGUAGUAGUUUUACUGCUAAUACCGUGCAUACAUAUGUUAGAUACACUAAAAAAAAAAGGCUUUAAAGACAACAUUUUUUUACUAGCAUUUCAUAAAAAUGCUACAUUGCUAAACCAAGUUUUUAACAAAGGUCAUCAGUCUCAUCGUUUUCUAUUUUCUGCAGCUGUUAACCCAUGACUACCAACAUUUCUAAAGACUGUUAGCUUUCAGUAGUUUUCUUUAUUUUAGCAAUUUUAAUUAAAACACUAUCACAAU